GGUCCAGGUGUGGGACGCAGAAGCAGAAGCUGUUCACAAACUCCGGGAAAGCUGUUGGUUGUCCUCCAGUUACCAAAACAAACCUCAAUGGCGGAUGAAUGAGGUGCUGCUGUUUGUAGAUGUGCACUCUUCCGGACAUUUAUUUUACUCCAAAAACUGCAUUUAAAUAAAACAAUGGACGCGGCUGGAGAGGACGAACCGGACCCCAUAAAGCUGAAGUCUGUUAAGGACAAUAAAACUUUCACAGUGCCUCAAAAUUACAGGUUUGGGAGCUGCAGAAGUGUCAGAGAGUUUGAGAAACUCAACCGAAUAGGAGAAGGAACCUACGGCAUUGUGUACCGCGCCCGCGACACCAAGUCAGAUGAGAUUGUAGCCCUGAAAAAGGUGCGAAUGGACGCAGAGAAAGAUGGGGUCCCCAUCAGCAGCCUCAGAGAGAUCACCCUGCUGCUGAGGCUGAGACAUCCCAACAUAGUGGAGCUGAAAGAGGUGGUUGUCGGCACUCAGCUAGAAAGCCUCUUUCUGGUGAUGAGUUACUGUGAACAAGAUCUGGCCAGUCUGCUGGAGAACAUGCAGACACCAUUCUCAGAGGCGCAGGUUAAGUGCAUCGUUCUUCAGUUGCUCAGAGGUUUGGAGUAUCUCCACCACAACUUCAUUAUUCACAGAGACCUGAAGGUGUCUAAUCUGCUGAUGACAGACAAAGGCUGCGUAAAGAUUGCUGAUUUCGGUCUGGCCCGGAUGUACGGCAUUCCUCAGCAACCCAUGACACCUCGAGUAGUUACGCUGUGGUAUAGAGCACCAGAGCUCCUCCUAGGGACGAAGACUCAGACUACGGCUCUGGACAUGUGGGCAGUGGGCUGUAUCCUGGCUGAGCUGCUAGCCCACAAACCUCUGCUGCCUGGAACCUCUGAGAUCCAGCAGGUCGACCUGAUCGUUCAGCUGCUGGGAACACCCAAUGAAAACAUCUGGCCGGGUUUCUCUCAGCUUCCCCUCAUCGGUCAGUACAGCCUGAGGAAGCAGCCGUACAACAACCUGAAGAAUAAAUUCACCUGGCUGUCUGAUGCUGGACACAGACUGCUUAACCUGCUCUUCAUGUACAACCCCCAGCGCAGAGCUACUGCUAAAGAUUGCUUGGAGAGUUCGUACUUCAAAGAGAAACCUCUACCCUGCGAACCAGAGCUGAUGCCAACAUUCCCUCACCAUCGCAACAAGCGAGCGGCUCCUCCAGCAGAGAGCCACUCGAAGAGGAGCAAAGUGUGAAGAAGCACUGGACUUACAGGCACACCUCUGGUGGGAAAAUGGCCACAUUCAUGAAGAGCUUUUACUGUGGAUCUUUGAGCUAGUCCAAACUAGAAUCAGCUUCAGCACAGUUGUAGUGAAACAAAGUCAGACAAGCUUAUUGCUGGACUGUUAAAAAAAGGAACACAGAGUCUACAGCAAGCCGUCAAGAAAAGGCUGGAAGUACAUCCUGCUGUGUGGAUCCAACGGUGUGGUGUGAGAGCACAGCACAUUCACCAAAGAAAGAGAAACGGCCUCGUUUUAUAUUUUGUGUCUGAGUUACCGUUUUUAAUGGCAAAUAAGAUGCUCCAGUUACGAGAAGAAACUUCAUAAUCGCAAAUUUUACUCUCAUGGUUACAAGAAAAGCUUUGAUUAAAAUUGAAUAAAAAACUUUAGUAGCUUUGCAUGGUUCACAGUUCAAAAUAAUCCUUGUGUAUCCUCUCAGUUCACCCUAUAUCAGAAACAAGCUGUUUUAAUUCCUCUGCCUUUUAACUCUUUCACCAGUAAAAACAUUUGACAACCUCCUCUGUACCGUUAGUGACACCUCAAUAUAUAUAAUAUAAGAUGUGGUGUGAGUAGCCUUAGUAAGCUAUGUAGGUGGCGAUCACCCUCAUUAACUUCUGAUUCACACCCAGCCCUUAAAAUAUGACAGAAAGGACUGAGUUCAGAAAAGAGAAACAAGUGCUUACCCCUAGUAGGCAUCCAAGGGGGAAAGAGUUAAGCCAGCUGUCUUCUGAUUGGCCUUUCCUUCAUUAACAGACGGUCUGAAAAGCCGGCUGUGCCUUAGACGAACAUACUGGGGAUAUUCCCUCUCUGACAUCAUAAAUGUCCCUGUUGAGAGCAGCAUGAAGCCUGAGCUUUUGGCAUAUUCUUAUUUAAAACUUUGACAAUGUUUAAUUUGAAUUUAAUAAAGUUUAAUGAACGUCUAGAAUAGGAACAGUGUAUAAAAAUAUAAAAAUAAGGAUGACAGAAUAGCCAUUCUGAUCUCAUGAAUAUGUGAACAAUAUCUAAAAAUGACAAAAUAAUCCAUACAGCAUUAGCCACUAUUUUAUAUAUGCUCACAGAUAGCAAUGGUCCUGUGAUGGACAAAAACUGUCUUGUUAUAAUAAUGUCCUUUUGCUCACUGACAUCAAUAAUAUCCCUCACUCUAUCAAACCAAGGAGAUAAAAGCUGCAUGUUGUGACUGUGUAACGCUUCUGUCUUCUCAGAUAGUGGUGACCUUUUCUUGUAAUUACGAGAUUAAGCAUGAGGCCUCGCUUUCCUUUUUUUUUUCCAGCAGUGAAUGUAGUGCUAUAGUGUACAGACACCCUGACACAUUACACAUCAGUCUCUGUGGAUGUGCUGUUAUAAUUAUCUCUGCAGCUCUGUGACCAGGAGCUUUGGGGUCUUUGCUUGAGUGCUGUCUACAGCUUUAUAGCCUCCAUGUUAUUCUUGUUGAUGAAUUUAGGAUUAAUUUAAGAAUAUCUGCCUUUAAAGUCUUUGAUGCACAAUAAAGAAGAUCUCAGGUUUGAUCCUCACAGCUGUCAGACAGUGUCCAAGUGUCCUUGAGUAAAAUAUGGAAUGCUUGAUUUUGCUUGAUAGACAUUAAGGAGCUCUGUGUUAGCAUGCAGCACGGGCUAGCAGGGCCAAAACUGUGAUAUGAUGUAGCAACUGUACUGCUUGUCUUAGUAUGUGCAAUAAGCACAAAGUUUACCCCAUGUAAGCUGCUUUGUGCUGUUACAUACUUGGUGCCAUUUUACAUUAUACAUCAAUCACUUAAGCUGUGGAAUAAAUUGUAAAGCUAGUCAAAUAGCAUUUCCACUUAUAUGAAUUAUAGUUGGACUAUACUGACAAGGAAGAUAUGGUUAGCUAGCUAGCUGUAAUUUAGCUGUGAUACAGGACUCUGGUGAUGGUUGGAUGGUAACAGUGGCUGAUAAAGUCAAAAAUGGACUGCUAAGUUACCUGAUCAGCCCUGAGUCCCACCAAGGAAAACAGUGGGCUGGAGACCACCGCACAACCGUACACAGUGAACUUGCAACUAUUUCAAAGGUUGCUUCAAAGAUGGCGACCAAGACGGUAACCAAUCGCAGUCAGUCGCGUCUUCAAAGCGACUUCAUACAUCAAGAUGGCAAUAAAACAUCAAUAAUAAACUGCAGCAAACUGGUGAAAAUGGUGAAUCAUCUACAUACACAGAUUCCAUAGGUUGCUUCCCACAAGGCAAUCCAUGCGAACACUGCAAUCGAAAGUGGUUAUCCAGAGGUUCCUAGUCUUGUGAAAAAAUUCUGCACUAUUUUUAAUCUAGUGUGACUGAGCCAUUAAGACAGUGUUUUGCUUCAUGAAAUUUGUCAGUGCAUAUGAUGUUUGUUGUAUGGAGCUGAUUAGGACUGGACUUCAUUUCCAAGCUACUUUUAGCUAAUGAGGUGGUUGCUCUAGGUCUUUCCAGUCUUGUGAUUGUAGCGUGACAUUUGCUGUAUAGACAUGAGAUUGAUGUAAAUGUAAAAGGAAAGAGUUUUUAUCAGAAUCUUGAAGAUUUUCCUUAGAAGGAUCAGCUUAAAUGCCUGCAGUAAAUGAACAGUGGCCUCAAAGUUGACUCUGUGUAAAUUUAAAUAAAAUCAGAAAGCUGA